UGUUAUUGUAAUCUUUGAGAUAUAAAAACACAUUCUCUUCCAAAAAUGGGAAAAAUAUAAUCACCUCCAUUAGUGAUUACAUACCAUGCUAGCUAGUUUAUCCCAUAAGUACUGCUAAUAGUACACUACUAGCUAAGGUAGUUAGCCGGACCAGAAGCGGCCGCCGGGCGCGGGACGCUUCAAUUCCCUCUUAGAUCCUCCGAUCCGCCUUGUAUGGCGGAAAAGCCCGAUAGGCCCUCAGUUUGAAUCGAAGACUUUGAUUCCUACAACUGGCCGGCCGGUCAGUGACAAGUCGAUUGAGUGAUUUGGUCAUUCAACAUGGAUGGGGCAGCCAUAACUUUCGUCUUUCACCAACAUAAGAUUCUCCCCAGCUUCUGGUUUAAUUUAGCCUAAUUAUCAGAGUUCAGAAUUGAAGAGAUCAGAAGACUUAACAGGCCAGAGGUCCCAGAGCCAUGUCAGAAUCCAUGGAAGAUCUGUACGCACGUUUAUCUUUGGAGGACGAGGAUACAGGAGUUGACGUGGGGGAAGCAGUAUUGGAAGAGCCGCCAUAUGUUUCUUCGCUGGCUUUAGUGGGACGUAUUCUUACUGAAAAACAGGUUCGGUUUCCUUAUUUCAGGGAUACUAUUGCGGACAUUUGGAGACCGGGAAGGGGGGUUAACAUUCGGGAGGUGGGUGACCGGCGCUACAUAUUUCAAUUUUUCCAUGAAGUUGAUUUCAGAAGGGUCUUAGAGGAUGGGCCAUGGUCUUUUGAGAAUAAUUUAGUGAUUUUACGAAAAUUAGAACCUCUGGAGAAUCCUCUGUCAGUACCCUUGUCACAUGAAAAUUUUUGGCUACAAGCAUACAAUCUACCGAUGACUUUUUUUACUGAGAGGAUGGCCCAGAUCAUUGGCAAUGCAGUUGGAAGAUUUGUGCAGGCAGAUGAAAAUAAUUUCAAAGGUGGGAGGAAGGAGUUUAUGAGAAUCAGGGUGAGUUUAGACGUGGGUGACUCUCUAAAAGGGAGAUUGAAACUCAAAAAGGGGGCUGAAGAUGUUUGGGCAUAUCUCAAGUAUGAGAGAUUACCGCAUUUCUGUUUUAUUUGUGGAAAGAUGGGCCAUGUGGACCGACUCUGUCCAAAGUGGUUUGAGGGGUUCACAGCUGAUCAACUAAAACCCUUUGGAGUCUGGUUAAAGGCUGGCGGAAGAAGAAGCGGAGCCAAUAGAGGAAGCAAGUGGCUGGUUGAUAGCGAGGGACAUUUCUGGGGUCAAUCAAAGGAGGGGGCUGGUGUUAGUGAAAAGGGGGGAGACUCUACGGGGUCAUAUGAAAAAGCCCUAAAUCAAGGAGUUACAGGAAGGGGAGAGGUGAGUUCAGCCCCGGGAAGGGAAGAUGAUCUAAGCAUUGCUAUCUAGCAGAAAGGGAGGGUAAUGGGAGGGGAAAGUUCACUGAAAAAAAGGAAGGCUUGCGGUGAUGUGGGGGAGGGAUGUGUUACUUUGCUUGAAGGUUCUGAAGUUUCUCGGUCAAAAAACGGAUUGGAGGCGGGUCCUGGUUUUCAGGCCCGCCUGGAACCAUGAGUUGUUUAAGUUGGAACUUCCGAGGGCUUGGCAACCCUUUGGCAGUUCAAGUUUUGGUGGAUUUGGUCCACUCUAAGAGGCCGAGUUUGGUUUUUUUAAUGGAAACUUUCGUGAAUAGCAACAAGAUUGACGAGAUCAAAAGGAAGGUGGGCAUGCAAGAUUGUUUUGUUGUGGAUAGUGUUGGCCAUAGAGGAGGUCUGGCGCUCCUAUGGGAGGCUGGAGUGGAGGUCCAGAUUCAGGAUGCUUCACAAAAUUUUAUUGAUGCUUGGAUUAGAUUGGAAAUGGGUGAUUCCUUGUGGCGUUUUACAGGUUUUUAUGGUUUUCCGGAGCGAUAAAGGAGACGUGAGUCUUGGAGUCUUCUUUGUUCACUUAGUGCGCGAUCUCAACUUCCCUGGUUAGUAAUGGGGGAUUUCAACGACCUACUUUAUGCUUCCGAAAAACGUGGAAGAGUCCCUCACCCGGCAUGGUUGUUAAGAGGAUUUCGGGAGGCGAUUUGGGCUAGUGGGCUCCAUAACUUCUCCUUCGAAGGCUACCAAUUCACCUGAGAGAGAUGGAGGGGUUCCCCGAAUUGGGUGGAGGAGAAGCUCGAUAGAAUCUUGACGUCUGAUAGUUGGCUUGACAGAUUCGGGGCAGCUAUAGCCGAGUCAUUGGAGGGAUCUCUUAGUGACCAUUUGGCUCUUUUCAUCCGCUUGGUCUCAACAACAGGGGUUAAUAGAUGUCGUAGAUUCAAGUUUGAGAAUACUUGGUUGAGAGAAAAUGAUUGUCGUGAGGUAGUUGGCAGAGGGUGGCAACUAGGACGGGGACAUGGUGUUAUGAGACAAAUUGCAACUUGUGGGCGAAUGGUGGAAGAAUGGGGAAGAGGCAGAUACGGAACAUAUGGCAAAAGGAUAGCAUACUUCAAGAAGAAGCUUAAUUCCUUGAGAAGCCGUGUUGAAACAUGGGGAGUGGCUGAAUUCUGGAGAGUGAGGAGUGAAUAUCUUGCUUUAUUGGAAAAAGAAAAUUUAUUCUGGCGUCAACGCGCAAAAGAGUUCUGGCUGAGAGGCGGGGACUUGAACACCAAGUAUUUUCACAAUGCAGUUAAACAACGAAGGAGGAAGAAUAAACUGGUCAGGUUGAAGCUGGAAGGGGGUGACUGGGAGCAGGACCGAGGUGAGCUUGGAAAACUGGUAGGUGAUUACUUCACUAAUCUGUUCAUGUCAGUUCAGGGGGAUAAUGAUAUCAUACUUAGCAACAUUGAGAGGAGACUGGGGGUUCACCAUCAUAAUGAUCUGUUGAGGUCUAUUAGAAGCGAUGAAGUCAAGGCAACUAUAUUCUCUAUGUACCCUGAUAAGUCUCCAGGCCCAGACGGGAUGAGUCCUGGUUUUUUUCAACAUUUUUGGGACCUAAUUGGUCUGGAUGUAAUUGAUUUUUGCAUAGUAGCGUUUGAGACAGGUAAGCUCCCAGAGGCGGUAAAUCACGCUCAUAUUGUAUUAAUUCCCAAGAAGGAUCAACCGGAAGUGCUUGGUGACUGGAGGCCCAUCUCCCUAUGCAAUGUGGUGUACAAAAUCUUUUCCAAAGUGUUGGCAAACCGAAUGAAGAAUCUUAUGCAGUUCUGUGUUUCGGAGCAACAGAGUGCCUUCAUCCCGGGAAGGUCGAUAGUUGAUAAUAUCAUGUUGGCGUUCGAGUCUCAACACUAUCUAAAGAGGAAGCGGCAGGGCAAGCUGGGAUAUGUGGCUUUGAAGUUAGAUAUGAGCAAGGCGUACGAUCGGGUAUUGGUGGAACGGGAAUGACGGAAAAGGGAUAUGUUGCCAAUUGAUCUGUGCCGGGAGAUUGAGGUCCUAAUGAAUUGGUAUUGGUGGAACGGGAAUGACGGAAAAGGGAUUAGGUGGAGUGAUUGGGAUUCUCUGUGCAAACCUAAGAAACUAGGUGGAAUGGGUUUUAGGAAACUUCGUCAUUUCAACCUAGCAAUGCUGUCCAAGCAAGCAUGAAGGCUAUUUACGGAACCAGAGACUUUGGUGGGGAGAGUUUUCAAAGCCAGAUAUUAUCCAAAGGGUAAUUUUCUUUCAGCUCAUCUGGGUAGUAACCCAUCCUUCGUGUGGAGGAGCCUGUUUGAGACUCAGGAAAUCAUCAGAGAAGGACACAUUUGGAGAGUUGGUGAUGGUAAGUCCAUAAAAAUCUGGCAGGAUUCAUGGUAACCAGACAGAGAUAAUCCUAAAAUGACUACUGAUCCAGCCAUUGGUCUUGAAAAUUCCUUGGUCAAUGGGUUGCUAUAUGAACCGCAUCAGGUUUGGGAUAUUGAUAUUUUACACGACCUUUUUAAUGACAGAGAUUCUAAGCUUAUUCAAAGCAUCCCAGUGAGUAGAAGGAUGGUACCUGACAGGUUGAUUUGGAGGUGGGAAUCGGGAGGCAGAUUUUUAGUGAGAAGCUGCUAUCGAAGAAUUACAGGUGAAUGUCAGGCAACCGGAUGGAAGGGUUGGACGGGGAUGUGGAAUUGGCAGCUACCCCCCAAGAUCAAAUCGUUCUUCUGGCAAGCUUGUAACAAUUUUCUCCCAACUACGGAUAAUCUAAGUAGGCAGAAGGUUGAAUGCUCGGUGAAGUGUGGGUUAUGUGGGAGCAGUGAGGAAUCGUUGUUACACUUAUUUGUUCAGUGUUCGGUGGCUAGAGCAUGCUGGAGUUCAGUAGGUUGGCCCUCUGUGGGGUUGCCGGCUAGCUCUUUUAUUGAAUGGGUGCAGCGGCUAUUUCAGGUGAAGAGGAACGAGGAGCUACAGAAGAUAGCUUGGGUUUGUUGGAGCAUUUGGUGUGAAAGGAAUGAGAGAAUUUGGAAGGGGAAGAAGCUGGAAGCUCAUCAAUUCUUGGGAAAAGCAGAAUCUUUUGUCAACGCUUGGCUUCAGGAAAAAGAUCAAGGAAAGGCUUUAUGUAUUCAAGAGCAGAGUUCAAAAUUGACAUGGAAACGACCGACUGAGGGUCGGUGCAAAUUAAACGUUGAUGCUGGCUUCAAUGAUGAGGGAUGUGUGGGUGGGUGGAUUUUAAGAAAUGAUCAUGGGGAUUUUCUGGCUGGGGCAGCCAGGUAUUGGGAGGGCAACUUUUCACCUUUGGAGGCAGAAUUAAUGGGUAUCAGGGAAGCUCUAAGUUGGUUAAAGGAUCAGGAUUGGAAUUAUGUGGAUGUGGAGUCUGAUUCAUUACUAGCCAUUUCGGAAAUUCGUUUAGGCUCAAACGUCUCUUCUUUUGGUCUUUUGGCGGAGGAUAUUAGAGAGUUAAGCUCUAGCUUUACGGGUAUUGAUUUCCAUCAUAUUAGACGAUCUGCGAACAGGGCCGCUCAUGCGAUAGCACGAGAAGUUAGUUCUAUGUCUGAUUGCUGUGUUUAGUCAUUUUCCCCUCCUAGCAGAAUUGUUGAUGUACUAAACUUUGAUUUAAUUAAUGCCAAUUUAUUGUUUGCUGCUCAAAAAAAAAAAAAUAGAAAUACAACGGAGUCUCCAAUUUCAUCAGUUUUUCAAUUGACCAAACUGGAAAAGCUUCUGUCUAGGCGAGAGCGUCUCUCUAGACCGUCUCCCCUGGGGUUAGGGAUUGUAAAACUUUUAUCCGCUUUCGUCUUCGACGAAGUGAGGCUUUCUUGUGCGGCGUUCGUCCCGCUUUUGUGAGGCUCUUUUCUUUGGCAGACUGCAACGCCUAUAUGGCGGCCAAAAGUUGUGUAUCCCUAGCAAAACGUGGAGAGGUUCGAGGAUGUCAUUCAUGAUUGAGAUCAGAAGGUCAUGGACGAAGCGUGGGGCUAGAGCCUGGAACAGAUCUGGACCGGAUGCAUGGAGCGGAAGAUGCUUUAGUACUGUUGGACCGUCCCCCUCCUGAACCGCCGCCAUGGAGUGCAGAAGAGUUUACGGUUUGGAGGCAGUAUUUUAAUGGGAGAAAUUGCUAUAUAGCUUAAACAAAUAGGUUACUUUUAGUUAAUAACCUAUAUUAUUAUUUUUUAAAGAAUAUAGCACUUUAGCAAUUAAUAUAAAAAUACAGUUGAGUCAAAUACAAGACUCGAUCGUAUUUGAUAAUUAAAACUGUAUUUAGAUAACAUCAAAUCCAUGGAUUUCGGUGUUGAUAUCCGAUAUUCAUAUAACUCAUAAGCUUCUAGGAUAAUUUAAAGGGCUAUGCACUUAAUUUUUGUAAAUAUAUAACAUAAACUUAAAUGUAUGUAUUAAAAAAUGUAUAUAUACCCAAUUAUCUCUAUUUAAAUUUUACUGUUUGCUUGCUAUUUAUUUUUCAUGAUCAGACAGUUUAUUUUUCUGUUAGUUACUAUUAUUGUUCUAAGACCCUUGCAUUAGGAUUGAGUGAUGAGAGGUCUGCUUUAAUCGUCGUUGGCUCAUUUAUGCCCAUUAUAGGAUCAGCGAGUUAAAUUGCUUUUUUGGAGGUGAUUAACUCUAAGUCGGGUUCGAGAGUUGACGAUUGUCUAUGAUCAUUUUGUCGUUUUACCCCCCAUCUUCUCCCUAUCUGAAUGCUAUGAUAUUAAUUUAAGCCAUCUAUUUUGACGAUAAAAAAAAAUUAGAAAUAGAACGGAAUUACUACACCAUAACCUGAUACUACUAUAUGGUCAUGAUGGAGUUUGCUAAGCUGUCGGAAUACUCUCUUCUCUUUGGAAUCUUGGAAUGUGUUUGAGCACUAAACUCUCUUCUCUUUGGAGUCUUGGAAUGUGUGGAGCACUAAACUCGAAAGUAUACUCCCUCUGUCCCACUAAGAUUGUCCCAUUUUAUCUUUUUGAGAAGUUCCACUAAGAUUGUCUCAUACAAAUUUGGUAAAGAUUGUGUGACUCUAAACCAUUCUUACUUUAUUCUUACUUUAUCAAUUUAAUAUCAACCAUACAAACUCACUUUUCUUAAUAAUCGUGCCACUUUCUCUCGUCUCAAUCUUAGUGGACCGGAGGUAGUAACUCACAAAUAUGGCAUAAUAGUUUCUUACGCAGUUACACAUUUUAAAUAUUGUUAGGCAAUUAAAACACUUUGCUUCAGUUGUCCUGCUUCAUUAGACUUGAGUUUAGCGGUAUGAUCUUUUGAGUAAAAUACGUAUGGAUUCAUAUGGUAUGUUUAUUAUAUAUUUUAUCCGAUUGGUGGAAGUUAAUUGCCUUCAUAGGCCAUCUACACUACCAGGCUAUUCCCAAAAGUGACGCAUGGAAAGACAGGUGAAUUAGGGAAAAGGCAAUUUAGUCAUUAGUAAGUAGUUAAGAUUAAAAAUUACAAAGUUUUUGUAGAUUCAGUAUUACCAGUUUAUUUUUCUGUGAAGAGAUUUUCUAGUAUAGUCUUUCUCUUUGAGAGAUCUAACCGUCCUUUUGGAAAGAAGAAAUACGUGAAUACCUAAGGUCAAAGAUUAUCGCCACUAGGAUGGAAGAUCUCGCACGAUCUCAAUCGGCGGCUAGGGUUUGUUUUGGGUUGCGCCUCUUAUCGGCGGCAAUAUGCUUUUGGCUACUAAUAAGAAGUUCGGAAGAACAUGGCUGAUUACUUACUUAAUAUCAAGGUGCAGCAACACUGUAAGUACGCAUAUAGGAUUGGGGUUCGCGUCAGAUUGGAACACUACAAGAAAUCUGAUAAAACAUGACGAAAAAAAUUGUCAUAAAAGCUUCAUUUUUUGUCACUAAAACUCUUAUAUGACGAUUUAUUUUCGUCAUAGUGAUCGUCACCGUAGCUCCGUGGCAAAAGGUAUAUAUGACAAUAUUGGGAUUCGUCACUAUAUAAUCAUUUUUUGUGACACUUUUGUUCUUUGUCACCAUUAUUGAUAACUUUCAGCGACG